AUGGAUCGAUUUGAAGAACAACAACGAAUAUCCGUUCAGGCGUUUCAACAAAUUGAUGAUGAGUCGGAUGAAGAUAAAGAACUAAUCAACAAUUUGCUGCAGCUAUAUUCAUCGGGGAAAAUACCUAGAGAUCCAGAGCCAAAAGAAGUGUUCACAAGAAGAUAUACGUAUCAGGGUCGGGAUGAAUGGCACGAGAAGCCGAUACAUUAUUAUUUUCUUCCCGACUGUGUGUUCUCUGAUGAAAAUUUCCAAGGUCGAUUCCGCAUGCCCCGACAUUUGGUGCUAAAAAUUAUUGGUGAGCUUUGUCAGGUAGAACCUCAGUUUAAUUAUCAGUAUGAUGCAUUGAAUAUUAAAGGUCAUAGCCCUGAAAAAAAGGUCACUUCGGCCUUAAGGAUUCUAGGAUAUGACAGACCUCCAGAUUCUAAUGAUGAGUACCUUCGCACUGGAUCUCAAAACGAUAUAAAUGUUUUACACAAAUCGCCUUUGUUUGAAGAUUUAAAGUAUGGAAUUUGUCCUCAUUUUACUAUCAAUGAGAAUCACUACACUCAUGGUUAUUAUCUUGCAGAUGGAAUUUAUCCAAAAUGGUCAACUUUAGUUCAAUGUUACCGUCAGCCACCUGCUGGUGAAAUGGGUCGUUCAUACUCAUAUUUCGAUAGCUGA